UCAGUUGGCUGAGGACCAGGGUGCCCUUGGGAGGCAGGAAUGCCGGGCUGGGGCUUGCUUCACCAGCUUCCUCCUAUCCCGCGCAGAAUGGAAUGUCUCUGCUGUCCCCAGACCCAACCGACUGUUGCUGGACAAGGGUGCCUUUCCGGGGGCUAGCGGCGCCCGCGGGACAGAGGGCUCGGCGUGUGGGGAGGAGGGCGCGUGGGGAGGGCGGGCGCGCAAUCGAGGAAGGUGGGCGCUGGGCUGGCGCUCCGAGGACCCCGCACUGCGCCCUCCAGCAGAGGCGCCGCACAGCAGAGUGGGCCACCGCGGCCACCGCAGCGCGUGCGGGGGGCUGGCAGCGGGCAGCGGAGGGGCGGCUGCGCCCGCGCAGCAGAGCCGAGCGGAGCCGAGCGCGCAGCCUGGCCGCCGCCGCCUGGCACAUGCCAUCGCCGCCACAAAGAGCUCCCUGAACCCAGGCGGCCGAGCUCCAGGGGCUGCGCUUCGCAGGAGGCUCCGCUCUGCGGGCCGGGGGGAAGGGACCAGACUGAAGAUGGCCCGGAAGAGAAAGCCCCCCAGCAUCCAGGGUGAUUCAAAGAGCUAUCCAGAUUUCCAGGGACCUACUGCCAACAGGAGUUGUACGGACGUUCUCUGCUGUAUGAUCUUCCUACUGUUUGUUACGGGCUAUGUUCUGUUAGGACUCGUGGCUUGGACACAUGGUGACCCCAGGAGAGUGGCCUAUCCUACAGACAGCCAGGGACACUUUUGUGGCCAGAAGGGAACCCCCAAUGAGAACAAGACCAUUUUGUUUUACUUUAACCUGUUCAGGUGUACCGGUUCUUCCAUGAUGCCGAGGCUACAGUGCCCUACUACCCAGAUCUGCGUCUCCAGGUGCCCAGAGAAAUUUCUAACCUACUUCGAAAUGCAAUUUUUUAAUGAAAGAGACAAAAGCCACUGGGAAUACUACCGCCAGUUCUGCAAGGCCAUGGCCAGGCCUGCAACGACUUUCUCAGAUCUGUCCCGUGGUGACUGCCCCCCAGCAGUUUAUCCAAGUAGACCUAUCCUGCAGAGAUGUCUGCCUUACGUCUCCCCCAUCAAGGGAAACUUAACCAUAGGAAAUGGGAUGCAAUUUGAAGAUGGAAGUGAGAGGAGCAGAAAUGUCAUAGAACUCACCGAGGCUGCGAAUGGCAUCACUAAAUUCCUCGAUGCCAGGACAUUUGGGAUGAAGGUAUUUGAAGACUACAUGACUUCAUGGAAAUGGAUUCUCAUUGGCCUGACCAUUGCCAUGGUGCUGAGUUGGAUUUUUUUGAUACUCCUGAGGUUCAUAGCUGGAUUCCUCUUCUGGGUCUUCACAUUUGGUGUGCUUGGAAUUUUAGGAUAUGGAAUAUGGUAUUGUUACCUGGAAUACAAUGGCCUUCAGCAGAAACCACAGUCAGCUUUCAUGAUCUACGACAUCGGGAUUCAGACCAACAUAAGAGUAGUCUUUCCUUUGAAACAGGCGUGGUUCUUAAUGAUGAUCAUCUUGUCCAUCAUUGAAGCCAUCAUCAUCAUCGUGCUGAUCUUCUUCAGGAGGCGGAUCCUCGUGGCCAUCACCCUGCUGAAGGAAGGAAGCAAAGCCAUUGGUUACAUCCCCAGCACAUUAGUCUACCCGAUUUUAACUUUCUUCUUGCUGUCAAUCUGCAUUUCCUACUGGGCCGUGACAGCCAUUUUCUUGGCUACAUCAGGGGUACCAAUAUUCAAAGUUAUGGUUCCAGAAGGGACAUGUAGAUAUGAAGAUGAAAUCUGUGACCCAGAGAUUUUUCCUAAGACUAACAUUCCCAAACUCUGCCCCGGGGCAUCAUGUAACUUCGCUUUCUAUGGCGGAAGGAGUGUGUAUCACAGUUACAUCAUGACCUUCCAGAUCUACAACCUCUUUGCCUUUCUCUGGCUUAUAAACUUUGUCCUUGCGCUGGGUCAGUGUACCCUCGCCGGUGCCUUCGCCUCCUAUUACUGGGCCAUGAGAAAACCUGAGGACAUCCCCAAGUACCCGCUCUUCAUCUCAUUUGGACGAGCAGUACGAUACCACACGGGUUCUCUAGCCUUUGGAUCUUUGAUCCUUGCAUCAGUUCAGAUGUUUAAAGUGAUCGUAGAAUACCUGGACAGGCGACUUAAAAAGAAAGAGAACAGAGUUUCCAGGUUCCUGCAGGGCUGCCUACGGUGCUGUUUCUGGUGUUUGGAAAAGCUGGUGAAGUUUUUAAACAGAAACGCCUACAUCAUGAUUUCAUUAUAUGGCAAAAACUUCUGUGAUUCAACAAAGGAUGCUUUCUAUCUGCUCAUGAGAAACAUUUUGAAAGUCGCAGUUACAGAUGAAGUCACACACUUUGUAUUACUCCUGGGAAAAAUUCUAGUUUCUGGGAUUGUCGGUGUCCUGGCCUUCCUACUCUUCACAGAGAGACUGCAGAGGAUUAUAGAAGGACCAACGACUUUAAAUUACUACUGGGUACCUCUCCUGACUGUCGUGAUUGGAUCUUACCUGGUUGCUCAUGGAUUCUUCAGUGUCUAUUCAAUGUGUGUUGAAACCAUUUUCAUAUGCUUCUGUGAAGAUCUGGAGAGAAAUGACGGAUCUGCAGAGAAACCUUACUUUGUAACCCCCAGCCUGCACAGGAUUCUGACCAAGAAGCACCCGGUUUCCCAGAGACAGACAGAGUAGAAAAGCCCAAGCAGGGGUUUUGUGAAUUAGGUUGAUUGCAAUGUGAAAACGUUGCUUUGGAGCAGUGUGCAGAUUCCACGCUGUUUCUGAAAAGGUUGCAAUUGGUACCAUUUGAGGGGUCAGGCGUUUGAUUGACAGUGGCCUACCUUACUUUAUAGACUGGUCCCAACUGCAAAAACUUGUAGCUGACAAUGUUUUAAUAAUUUUUAUAACUUUGCUAGCCUUUCUUUUUUAUAAGUGUAUAUUUGUAAAGGAUAUUCAGGCAAUUUUUUACAACACUAUAAAUGUGUAAUCAAUUAGCCAUAAAAAUAUUGAUUUGUAGUUGACCAGUAUAUGGUACUAAAUUUGUAAAUAUGGUGCUAUGGUUAUAGGUACUGUUUAAGCUGGUGAACAGCUCUCUAAAACUGUGAUUCAACUUGUAACCCUGGUCCCUAGAAAGCAUAUUUCAAGUGGGCGAGUUAGUCCAUGACAAGCAUGCAGAGGUGCGGGUCUCACGGGUUCAGCAGCUAGCAUCACUACAGGUGAGGUGAACCUGAGGCCCAGUGGUCCGUCUGUUUCAGUGAAAUGAGACCCAUAUUGGGGUGGAAUCUAGGUUUGGAAAAAUCGUUUUCAUUCCUAUGAACCUUUGGCCACCCCGAGAAUAUUCUGAACGGAGCAGAAAUGGCUGCCUCGCUCAUCUCUUGCCUUUUGCCUGAGUUUCCUGUUUCAGACAUAUAGAAGGCCUGUGGACUUCCCUUUUCGUGAGUACACAUGUGUGUUUUGUGUGACUUCGUUAUGCAGAAGGUCUGAGUUCAACUGUCAGUGAGGAAAGAAAGCAAGCAGGUCUGUUCAGAUUUUACUCUAAGGAAAUAGACCAGUGGCCUUCUAUCAGGGUGUGUUUGUUUAAAAUUGGAAAUUCCACCCCACAUAGCCCCAGGGCUUAGAAAAGAAGCUGGUUUGUUGUGGUCAUGCCUGAACCUCACAUGAUGCAGAAAAGUGUGAACUGGGCCCAUACACCUUGCCUGCUCUUCCCUGUGUGUGGAGGUGGACUACAUAGCUAAUUAUAAAAGCGCCUCCAAAGAGCACAGGAUCAACCAGUGCCCUUUUGGUUUUGACACCAACUCAUGUCAGAUUGUCUAUAUAUUAAUAAUGGAAUGUGUGGAUAUCAAUAUGGCCCUCACAUUUGAGAGUCCGAAAUAUAUCCUUGAGUUAUAAGUUAAUAUAAACGCUGAUUUAUUUACUUAUCGUGAAGUGUGUGAACCUAGGUUUAGGACGGUUUUAUGAAGACUUCCUACAUAGAUCCAAUUAUUCCAGAAGGUUUUCAAAGUGUUGGUCCACAUGACCGCCAGCCUCUGGUUCUGGGCUUACUCUAUUGAGAUUAUUCAGUCCUGGCGUCACUUGGCAAAGAGCCUUCCUCAUUCCUUCCUUGAUAAGGAGAGAAAAACGAUCGCCUAUCUUUUUCUUGAAUUUUAGUAGUAUUUGGUUUUCAACCAUGCAAGGACCUCAACAAAGACCUCUAAGAAUGUAACAUCUACUACUGAACCUGUAAGCCUCAGGAGCUUAUGUCUGGGUGUGGGCCAGCCUCUGGAUCGUGAGAAAAUCCUUUAGUUGAUUCAGCUACACACAAAAACUUGCUAUAGAUCAGAUGUGAGAAAUUAGCUGUCUUUUUGCUGUGUUAUGGUAUAUUCCCGCUCAGAAAUAUAGUCUCUGUUUAUUACUUCUGUAAUUAAAAUGUAUAGAGUAAAAAUGAAUGUUGUUUUUGAGGAGAAUUUUAGAAGCCAUUUUCUUACACAUCAAUUAAAGCUUUUAAAACACAGAGCAAUAUUUUCAGAACUGUCCAUGGAAGGAUUUGAGAUUACACAUAAAGACCACUUUGUCAAGGUUUUACAAUCUAAAUUGUCAUUGGCAAAACAGAGACAAUGUGGAAAUGGAGAUUGUAAUUUAGGAAGUAAAUUUAGGUGGGGAGUAAAUGUUAUUUCCUCAGUAAUUCCAUGGAAAGGCUUGAACUGUCGCCAGAACUGACCUGGGACACAGAAUGAAAUGAUAACUUAUCGAUGUAUUAACAAGGGCUGAUUGUUUUUCUUAGUUGUUUACAAUGAUGCUGACUCUGAAGCGGUGUUGGGCGCUGCUGUGCAGCGGGUGGGCAGCAGGUGGCGAUGUUGCCCCUCCCACCGCUCCGCUGCGCUGUUGACGCUCUGCCCUCCUCCCUCCUAGUGGAAGACCUAGACAGAAAUGAAGGCUCUCGUUCAAGACCCCUUUUCACGACUCCGACUCUAAUGAACCUCUUGCUGGAGCCGCCCGACAAGC